AUGUUGUUCGCUCAUUUUGCUUUCCUUGUUACACUCCUGGCCUUAGGAGGCCUCACCGUAGCUACACAGACCCGGCCAUGUUUGGUGUCUGCCAUGAGGUCUCAAUCGGAUCCUGAUAACCUCCAAGACAUUUGUGCGACGAACGUAGGCAAGGUGUGGGCCAAGAUCGUGGAAUUUUGCGGGGAUGAGAGACAAUCGGCUCUGGAGCAGUUAAAAGACACCUGCACAUCUGCAGGUUACACAAUUGCAUACAAACCAACAGCCUCGUCCGACAUCGCGUCCCAUUCCACCGCUCUUUUCAGCUCAACCAAGCCUAGCUCCGUCAUAGCUAGUUCAACCGGCAUCUCCACUUCCAGCUCUGCUCCAGACGCCAGCUCUAGUCUUUGUCCCAGCACUCAUCCUAACCAGACCAUUUCGUUGGGCUCGGCUGACCGUGGCGCGUCAGCUGCUGCGUUUGCGGCUGUCGUUUUUGUCGGAUUUGCAGCGACGUUAUAG